UUGACGUCCGUGACAGAGAAGCAACACUCUCAUCUCCUUCUCUCUCCGUGCAGCAUAAAGAGUGUGGAGUGCAGUACAGACUGAAUGGAGUGAAGCAGCGAGGACCAGAAAGUAAGUGGAAGAGAAAAGUAAAGGAAGACUCGGUUACUGAGAGAUAGAAAAAGGGUUGAAUUUGUACGGAGUAAUCUAUUCAAUUAAAAGAUUAAAGGGAAACAUUUUAAAAAUUGAAGAAUCAGUGUCUAAUAUUUUAUACUAGUUAUAGCAUUAUAAGACAAAAUAAUCUCCUGUUUAAUAUUAUAUAUUUUGAGCGGCUUUGUUUUGGGUUUUGUUUUCUUCUGAGAUUUUUUUUUCCUUGGAGAGUCAACAUCUGCUCAAAAUUUUAUGGACUGCCGCGACUGUGAGUUCUUUCUCCUCUUGCUUGUUUAGGUCAGUUCGAGCCUUUGUUGUUCUAAGCUCAAUAUAUUCUUCAAAGGUUGGCCUCAGGCUGUUGCAAAAAUUGCUGUUUUCUUGGAAAUGAUUCUGGAAUGUUCAUGAGAAAAGCGUGGCCCACUGAUUGCUUUUCCCAAAUUCCACAACCUCUCUUGUCGUUCAGGAGAGAACUCUUCAUUUGUGUGCAAAUUGGUGAGAAAUUCUAAUAAGGGGCUUUUAGGGUUGCAUAUGUUCAGCAGUUGGGUUCAGCGAGGUUUGGGUUUUGCUCCCUAACUUCCAAGAUAAUCUCAUUUGGAUGCCUGGAUAGAUUGACUUCGUUGAGUACGAGGUCAGUUUGCUGGGUUUCACACGUGUUUUAGUUUCAUGUUUGACAAGAUGGUGCCAUCUGGGUCUUCAAAUCCAAUAAGUGGUGCUCAAUCUAUCUCACCUGUUCUUUUGCGAUCGAAUUCUACCAUUUUGGGUUCUCAAGGUGGUCCUAUUCACCCACAGACUACAUUUUCUUCACUCGUUUCACCACAGUCACAGUAUAACAUGAAUUUGAUUGGGAAUACUGCCAACGUUUCCUCUCUUCUCAAUCAGGGUUUUGCUAAUGGGGGUGCAAACUCUGGCCUAUCUGGUUUAGGUGGUUUUCAAAGGGGAAGUUUUGAUAGUACUGCUGAUUCUGAUCCAUUUUCUGUUGUUGCAACUGAUGUUCCGUUCAGUGCUUCUCCUUCACCGUUUGCAUCAGCAAGCGUGGCAAAUUCUGUUUCAUCUGCCCAAGUUCAAAAUCAGCAACUAUCAAACUCAUCUGGAAAUCCUGUGCUAACUACUCAUCAACCAUCUCAAGUUCAGCAAUUUGACAUGCAGAAAUUCCAGCUUGCACAGCAGUCUAUGCAGCAGUAUCCCACUUCCCACAGCCAACCACAGCAGCGGCAACCUCAGUUCCAGUCAAUUCAAGGGGGGUGUGGUGUUGGAGGUCAUGUAAAGUUGGAGCCACAGACUAUGAGUGAUGCAAUUGGUCCACAGCAACAGUUGCCGCCUUUGAGAGACCUUGGGGCAGUGAAACUAGAGCCGCAGCAGAAUCAGAUUGGACGGGGCGUUGGAGUUGUUAAAUUGGAACGCCAACAUUCCGAUCAGGCAAUGUUUUUGCAGCAGCAACAACAGCAGCAGCAGCAGCAACAGCAGCAGCAGCAGCAGCAAUUCCUCCAGUUGUCCAAGCAGUCUUCUCCUGCUGCUCCUGCACAGAUGAAUAUCCUGCAGCAGCAGCAGAUUUUGCAGAUGCAGCAACAGCAGCAGCAGCAUCAGUAUCAGCAGCAGGUGUUGAAAGCAUACCCUCAGCAGCGGCCCCAACUUCGCCAACAGUUUCAGCAACAGAAUAUGCCUGUUAGAUCUGCUGGUAGGCCAGUUUAUGAACCAGGAACAUGUGCUCGGCGUUUGACUCAAUUAAUGCAUCAGCAGCAGUGUAGGCCUGAUGAUAACAACAUAGAGUUUUGGAGAAAUUUUGUUGCUGAAUUUUUUGCUCCCAAGGCAAAAAAGAGAUGGUGUGUUUCUCUCUAUGGGAACAGCCGACAAACAAAUGGUGUUUUUCCACAGGAUAUGUGGCAUUGCGAAAUAUGCAACCGCAAGCCUGGUCGUGGUUUUGAAACAACUGCUGAGGUUUUUCCCAGGCUAUUCAAAAUCAAGUAUGACAGUGGCACUUUAGAGGAGCUUCUGUAUGUUGAUAUGCCCCAUGAGUAUCAGAAUGCAAAUGGACAAAUUGUCCUUGACUAUGCAAAAGCGAUACAAGAGAGUGUGUUUGAACAUCUUCGUGUAGUGCGUGAUGGUCAACUUCGUAUUGUUUUCUCCCCAGAUCUUAAGAUCUGCUCCUGGGAGUUCUGUGCUCAGCAUCAUGAAGAGCUUAUACCUCGAAGAUUGAUCAUUCCCCAGGUAAGUCAGCUUGGAGCUGCCGCGCAGAAAUACCAGGCUUCUGCUCAAAAUGCAUCAUCCAACUUAUCCUCACCUGACUUACAAAGUAACUGUAAUAUGUUUGUUGCAUCAGCUCGUCAAUUAGCAAAAGCCUUGGAGGUGCCUUUAGUGAAUGAUUUAGGAUAUACGAAAAGAUAUGUACGGUGCCUUCAGAUCUCAGAGGUGGUUAAUAGCUUGAAGGAUUUAAUUGAUUAUAGUAGAGAGACAGGGAUGGGACCUAUGGAAAGUUUGGCCAAGUUUACUAGCAGGAGCAGUCAAUUACCAGGGGUGCUUGGUUCUUCUCAGCAACCUGAGCAGCAGCAGCUUACCUUAGAGGACACAAAGAAUGAUCAUCAUCCUAUACAGGCAACUGCUGUCCAGCGUAAUAAAAGCAACAGUGCUACAAAUAUAAGCAAUUCACAGGGUGCGACAUCCACCUCUACAUCUGCCACCAACAUUGUUGGAUUACAUCGCCAGAAUUCUAUGAACUCUAGAAUUGAAAAUCAGAUGAACAAUCCAAGCAGUCCCUAUUCUGGAGCCCCAGCUCAGAUCCCAUCAGCAGGUUCUUCAACUACUCUGCCACCAGCUCAUCCCAAUCCCUCUUCUCCAUUCUCUUCUCCGACUCCGUCCUCAUCAAUCAAUCCUCAGAGUACCCAUAAUACCUUAGCAGCAUCAGCGAGUGCAAAUCACAUAAAUUCUGCAAAUUCACCAGCACAAAUACAGCUGCAACAGUCAUCUCAGUCAAAUGAGGAUGACCAUGAAUCACCAAGCUCUGUUGAGAAAAUUAUACAAGAAAUAAUGAUUUCUUCACAGCUUAGUGAAGCUGGUAGCCUGGUCGGUGGUAGUUCUGUAGGGAAUAGCACAAAGAACUUUAAUGGACUCCCACAGAUUAGUCAGAAUUCUCUUACCAGAGGCAAUUGCCUGGGAGGAAAUGUGAAUAACAACUUAGGUACAGGUGGUGGGGGUUUUGGGAAUUUAGGAGGUGGGAUUGGUCUCUCUGCCAAUUGCAGUGGUAUCAGAGGUGGCCUGGGAAAUAACCCAUCAAAUUUGGCUGGAAGGAUGGGCAUGCCUAUGCUGCCUCAAGAUGCUGGCUUGAAUCAUCAGCAACAGGAAUUAUCUAAUAAUAGGUUAUAUAAUGGGCUUGGGACUGCAAAUGGCUUCAACGAUUUUCAAUUUGAUUGGAAAUCUCCCUGAAGAGGCUUACUGAUCUUUAUCUCCUUUUCUGAGAGCUUUGUGUGUUUGGAGAAAAUGAGUAUUUCUAGUGGUGCUUAUGCAUGUGAAUCUUGGAUUGCUGACUGCCUUUGAGAUUUGAAGCUUGGUUUAAGUAUCCUUGACUUCUCCUACCUUGGUGGUGCUGUUAUUGAGAAACAGAAAGAGUAGAGAGCUUUAGUCUUCUUCUGGACUGCCUUGUGAACUGGGAGUCUUCAUGAGUACUUUGUGGAGCUGCCUGGAUCCGUGUAAAUAUGGAUAUUUUCAUGCUAGUUACAGAGGAUUUCUUCUUGCUGGUACUGAUUUUAUAGAGAUGGAAGAAAUAUGACUUGUGUUGUUGCAUAUUAAGGAAAGGUUUGUGAUUUACAUCUGUUUCUUUCCCAACCUAAUCCUUGCCUUUUUGUUCUGUGAGUGUACUUUUGCUUGCGGGGUGACCUAUUGGAGGUGUUUGUGUACGUAUAUCGUUUUUUUUUUUUUUUUUUUUUUUUUACAUGGCAAAUUAAUUGACUGGCAACAGAUGUCCUGGUCUUUCUUGGUUGCCAAGAGUUUUCAGAGGGAGCUUCACAAUAACUACCAAAGAUUGAAGUGCA